UAUAAUCAAUAUGGGACAAUCAUCGAAACGCAAUGCGCUGCAGUGGCGCCUCCUUGAUUUAGUGUCCGCCGCCUUCUUCGCCGCCGUGCUUCUAUUCUUCCUUUUCGGGUUUACUCGUUCUGGCGACUCACUGGCUGCCCCAGUGCGGCCGGCUAAGCGGCAGUCGACAUCGGAUCCCAAGCAGCGCCACCGCCUGGUGGAUUUCGUGGAGUCCGGCCAACGGCAGAGCAUUGAGUCGUGUGCCGCCGAUGCCGUGGAUUACAUGCCUUGUGAAGAUCCGCGGAGAAAUAGCCAAUUUAGUAGAGAGAUGAAUUAUUAUAGGGAACGGCAUUGUCCGUCACCAGGGGAGACACCGCUUUGUUUGAUUCCACCACCUGAGCGGUACCGGAUUAGUGUUAAGUGGCCCGAGAGCUUGCACAAGAUAUGGCACAAGAAUGUGCCAUACAAUAAAAUAGCUGACAGGAAAGGCCAUCAGGGAUGGAUGAAAGAAGAAGGCCCGUACUUCAUUUUUCCUGGUGGUGGCACAAUGUUCCCUGAUGGAGCAGUACAAUAUAUAGAGAAACUUAAACAUUAUAUUCCUAUAGGUAGUGGAGUUCUGAGGACAGCUCUUGAUAUGGGAUGUGGGGUUGCCAGUUUUGGUGGGUACCUACUUGCUGAAGAUAUUUUAACCCUCUCUUUUGCUCCACGCGAUUCACAUAAGGCACAAAUUCAAUUUGCGCUGGAAAGAGGAAUACCAGCAUUUGUGGCAAUGCUUGGCACUCACAGACUUCCAUUUCCUGCUUUCUCAUUUGACUUGGUGCAUUGCUCUCGAUGUUUGAUCCCUUUCACAGCAUAUAAUGCAUCGUAUUUCAUUGAAGUUGACCGGUUACUACGCCCAGGAGGUUAUCUUGUAAUAUCUGGCCCCCCUGUAAAGUGGCCUAAGCAAGACAAAGAAUGGGCAGAUCUCCAGGAGGUGUCGAGAGCAAGGUGUUAUGAGCUGAUUGUUGUGGACGGGAACACUGCAAUCUGGAAAAAACCUAAUGGAGAUUCAUGUCUGCCAAACCAUAAUGAAUUUGGAUUGGAACUGUGUGAUGAACCUGAUGACCCAAGUUCUGCAUGGUACUUCAAGUUAAAGAAAUGUGUGAGCAGGACAUCGUCUGUCAAGGGAGAAGAUGCUGUUGGAACAAUUCCAAAGUGGCCAGAAAGGCUAACAGUAGCUCCUUCCAGGGCCACACUAAUGAAAACUGGAAUUGAUAUGUUUGAAACAGACACUCAGCGAUGGGCACAGAGGGUUGCAUACUACAAAAAAUCAUUGAACCUUAAGCUGGGAACUCCAGCCAUACGAAACAUCAUGGAUAUGAGUGCAUUGUUCGGAGGCUUUGCUGCAGCCUUACUAUCUGAUCCCGUGUGGGUGAUGAAUGUUGUUCCUGCUCAAAAGCCUUCAACACUUGGUGUUAUUUACGACAGAGGCCUCAUUGGAGUUUACCAUGAUUGGUGUGAGCCUUUCUCAACAUAUCCACGAACUUAUGAUCUCAUCCACGUAGCUGCCAUCGAGUCUCUUGUAAGAGAUCCAACUUCUGGAAAGAGCAGGUGUAACCUCGUGGAUUUGAUAGUGGAGAUAGAUCGAAUGCUGCGUCCUCAAGGAACUGUAGUGAUGCGAGAUUCACCUGAGGUGAUUGACAAAGUAGAUCGAAUUGCUCAUGCAGUAAGAUGGACAACUACGGUAUAUGAGGAGAAAGCUGAAUCUCAUGGGAAGGAAAAGAUUCUUGUAGCCUCAAAAGAAUUUUGGAAACUACCUGCAGCGUCUCACUAACACAUCCUCCUGUUCUUUGUAAAGCACGUACAUUUCUUUUGAUAUCUCGUUGUUCCUUACUUAUAGCUAAGAACUCACUACACAUCAAAUGAGGCAGCUCUCCUUUUUGUUUCUGAUUUGUUUAACUUACAUAAAGAGGUAGUUCUUUUAGAAUGAAAGUGUAUAUAGACCAUAGAGAUCGAAAUAUUCUGAGUUUUAUGUUAGAAAUACCCUUCAUAAUGGGGAUGAUAUUUCUAUUACUCUUCC